AUGACGAGCCUUACGAGUUCGGAGGCCUUUCCAUAUGAUUCCGAAUGGAUCAACGCCGAGUCCAUCAGCCAGAUGCCAGAACGUCCACAGCAAUAUGAAAAUGAUCUGGAUGGUAUUGAUCUGAGAUGGUACCAGACGGAUGAAAAUAUCCCUCAAAACCUAGCAGAUGAUCUAGGCAGUUCAACUAUCACUCAACGACCAGCAGAUGAUAUAACAAGUGAGAGUACUGCGUAUCCAUCUGGAGGGUUGGAUCGGACCGCGAUGGGAAUCCCAAAUUCCACACCGUUGUCUUUGCAACCUUCGGAAGAUGCCGUGAACCAGGCUUUCAGCACCUGCUGCGCUCUCAUGUAUAACCAGCCAUGUGGUCACGAUCAAAUCUCACAAGGGGUGCAGACCCUUGAAGCGAUGAUAAUCUUCCUUCACACAAAGCUUCCCGCACCUCCCGUUUCAUUAAGCGAGUGCUCAGGAGGCAAAAAAAUGUAUCGAUGUUGGCAAUGUGAUCAUGAGAGGGAAAGAACGACGUUUCCAACUUUUGGUACAUUCAAGAGACAUUUGACUAAACACGGUAUACUCGACUGCGAGUGGCGUUGCACGGAGCCGCACUGCUCCAUGGUCUUCCACCGGCGAGAUAGGAUGCAUAGCCAUCUUAUUAUCAAACAUAAGAGACCCGAUCUGCUCCCGGCUGAUGUGGAAGCAACUCGGGUGAGAUAUGUCCCUCCAACCAACUGUCCCCUUUGCUACGAUGAGACACCUUCUUGGUCUGUCUAUUUCGAGCACAUCAAGAACCACUGUCUCAUUUCCCCUCAUUCGGCGAAUGUCUCUGCCAACGGUGAUAGGUCUCACCAUGGCGACAAUGGUGGCGGCCACGGCAAUGGCCACGGCCAUGGCCAUGGCUCGUCUUCAGCCGGGCCCAGCAAUUUGAACGGAGAAUCGCAGUAUAACCGAACAAAUAACAGGACUGGGGGUCCAUCUUAUUCCAGUACGAGCUUCGGAGGCUUCGGGAGCAGGAGAAAUGCGCAUCCUGAUCCCAUAUCACACUCAGUUUCCGACGAGCACCUCAACAGUAACCGUCGUCAAAGUGCCACUGAUGUCAUUGAACAAAAUUCAAACGGCAACUUGCUUGGCUCAUCUCGUAGGCCCAGGCCUCACCUCCCCAGAGCCAGCGGUCAGCCCAAAAAUCUACAGCCACCACCGAACCCUGGAUCGUCACGAGUCGAUCAUUCGACCAAGCGUAAGCGCCCGGACAAACAGAAAUGGCCAACGGAAGAGAAGGCCCCUAGUCCGAAAAAAUGCAAACGAUGUGAUCAUGACAUGGCUGAAUGUCCAAAAUGCAAACAUGUUCUUAGUUGCCACAGAUGUGGUGACACGCCCAAGAGUGCUAUCCAAGUUGGGUCUUCCUCGAGAAUACCUAUGCAAGCCCUCUCAGAUUCAUCUUCUACUAUCAUCAAUUUGAACGAGUCUUACUUUAUCCCUGAACCAUCGGCAAACUUUGUAAUGCCUCAGAAUAUGCCUACUCAACCGCCUUACUGGAAUCCCAACGAAAUAAUGCAUUUAUUCGAUCCACGAUCAUUUGAAAAUCCGACCAACACGUUCAUGGAUGAUCCACCCUCAUACGAUCAUGUUAUAAGGAUGGCAAUGAAUGUUGAAAGCCACCCACCGCCGAGUGAUUUCGACGACAAAGUGCAAGAGUCGGUUAUCUUCGACAGUGAUGUCAGGAUACUUCGCAGCAUUGGACUCAACACAUCUAUUGACCCGCUCGCCAUCAAAGGACAAACGAUACAACCGAGACCGAAAGCCUCUGGUGGUCCGGCACCAAGCUCAUAUGCAGACCUUGUUUUCAGAGACAAGGCAUCUUCACCCAUUCUAGAAGAUUCCCAGCCAAUAUCUACUUGCCAAUGUCCAUGCGUGACCAUCCCAACUGUGGACUACCAAGCCCACGCAAGCCUCAAAUUAUCAGACAACAAAAGAGUCGAGAUGACCUUCAAAAUGUCCCCGGCGCACGAAUCGAGUCACCCCCUCCGCACGCGAGUACGAGUCUUCGUGAAACUUUUUAGUCUUCGCGCAUCGGCAGCAAAGGCAAAUACCAAGAAGCAGAGGACUCGCUCUAUCCCAUCCGAAACCCUCUCCGACGAGGGUGCCGAGUCUGACACCAAUUCAGACCAAGAGCUUACUCCCACAUCGCCUUCCAGCUCCGAACUCACCCCGCUUCUCUACCGGACCGAGGACGUGCAAGACUGGGAAUUUAGCUUUAACAUCAAGUCGGCUCUAACGAAACUAGCCCAGUGGACCAGCGGCAUAGACGCCGACAUGUGUCAGAAACUUCUCCUUUCUGAUCCUGGCCAUGUACUAGACUUGAUGUCCAUGUAUGUUGUGUACAAGUUCAAGAUUUCUUGGUUGUUGAUGGGUCGCAAUGGGCUCAGUCUGUUUUUGAGCAUUUAA